ACAAGUUAAACUCCGCCCUUCAUUGAAGACACGGACACACCGUUCUCCUGGAAAAGGAAAGACUGCAUCGAGAGAACAAUGGGAGUUGAUGUCGAGACUAUUAGACCCGGAGACGGAAGGACUUUUCCGAAGAAAGGGAGCACGGUCGCUGUGCACUACGUUGGCACGCUGACAAACGGGAAGAAAUUUGACUCCUCAAGGGACCGAGGAGACCCCUUCACGUUUAAACUGGGAGCUGGUGAAGUUAUCCGCGGCUGGGAUGAAGGUGUAGCUCAGAUGAGCCUUGGCCAGUUGGCCAAGCUGACCUGCUCUCCGGAUUACGCUUAUGGAAGCAGAGGUUAUCCACCCAUCAUCCCUGCAAACUCUACCCUCAUCUUUGAGGUUGAGCUCCUGAAAUGCUGAGUUUUUACACUGAAAGCUAUUCCAGAAUA